CUCCCUCAGUAUGAACCUGGGUUACCCAUCCCACGGUCGUGCCUUUGUGUCAGUGGGCGUGCGAUUCGUGGAUUUGUGACCUAUCUGUGUCCGUGCGUCCGUCCGUAACCCCUUGAAAGGGGGAUUAGAACGAUGUGCUCGAGGGGAUUAGUGUGAGGGAAUCCCUAAAUCCCCUGUGGGAUUUAUCUUAUAGCAGCAAGAACUGGCGAAGGCGAUCAUAGGGAUGCUUGACGAUCUGAAGCGCGCUUUGCGCAUGGAAUCUCCCACACCGAGGUUGAGUGAGUCGAACUUGAAGAAGCUCUCCAGGGGUCUGAGGUCGUCGAAGAAGAGCCUCCAUUCCGUCCACUCAGCUUUGGAAAGCCAGAGUGUACAAGAUGGCCAUCUUGGAAGCAGAUCAGUGUCCAUGUCGACACUCCUCCCCUCUGGUGGGCCAGGGGGGAUACGCCCCCGGGUGGACAAACUCCAAACUUUGGAGGCCAAAAUGGCGAGCAUCGAGGUGUCUCUCGGCUGGAAGAGGCGACGGGAGGCACUACUCGAGACUCUACCCAGGGCAGCCAGGGACCUCGUCCGCGAGCUAGACGGUCUACACCAGGCUCUCAGGGACAAGGACGGCGUCAUUCAGUCGUUGAAGACCCAAAUCACCAACUUAGGAGGCACAGUUGGGGGUGCAGGAGAGGGAGGGGGCGUCUUGACAGAGGCAGAGAAGAAGACCAUUCAGGAGAGGCUGACGAAGGUCCAGGGAGAGAUGGACGCCAAGAAGGUAGCCAUUAAGAACUUGAAACUGGCACUGGAGAAGAUUGAUAUUACAGAUAACAUCGACGUCAGAAUCCGAGCGGCGGAACUCGAAUACGAGUUGGAGAGGGAGGAACUCAACAUCCUAAACCUGAAGGAGGAAUCGAACGUCCUGGGAGCCCGCCUUCAGGAGAACACCUCCUCGACGUCCUCCUCUUCCACCUCGUCGAAUGGGGGCCAGGGCCCCAAGGUGACCCUGCACGCCCUCAUGUCGUCAGCGGGGGGAGGGGCCGCCCUAGGUGGAGCGAACCUGGUGACGCUUAGCCUAGCUCACACUCCUGGUAACCCGCCGUUCCACGUCAUACCAAGGCCUCCCAUGGGCUGUGUCAUCGACUGGGCGGCUGAGGACACGAAGCUCAAGAAGGGAGACAGGCUGCUGGAGGUUAACGGGUCAAACGUGGUCGGAGGAGGACUCGAGAUGGUAACUCGACUAAUGGCUGCUUCGACUCACCUGAAUUUAGUCAUAGCAAGACCAAAUCCAGGAACUGGAACGUGCGGAAGGAGGUCAGACGCAAGAGCCGAAAAGCAGCUGGAAGACAGGUCACGCGAGAUCAAGGAUCUGGUCAGCCGGCUUGAUAAAGCACUGAAGGAGAAGGAGACAAUGAAGAGCGACAACACUCGUCUCAACCACAGAAUAAGUUAUCUGGAGGAACAAGUGUCAGAGCUACAAAUAUCCCUUCAGAAGACUCGAGAAGCCACCCUUGGACAAUCUGAAGGAGAAGCCAUUGUGACGACCUCUCAACCAGGGGCUACUGUCAUACAGCUUGUCCACCCCUUCCAGGUCUUCCAGAAGGGGGACCAGAAACUCGCAGUUGCCAGUCCAGAUGUGAGCAACGGAGGGGUGGAGAGGGCCCAGCAGUAUCCUACUUUGCCUAGGAUUCGCUCUCCGGACUCCUCCAUGUCCUCCUCUCCUAGUUCCUCACCCUCAGAUGGUCCUAUGGGUAGGCAACACCACACCCUAGGGCAUGCCACUUCCAGGCCUACCUCAGCAGCUGACCAAAGAAGAAGGAUGCUCUCUCCUCGGCCAGAAUCAAAGAAUGAGGACUCAAGACCUCCUUCCAGAACAAAGCCAGUCCCCCCAAAGAAGCCAGAACGACUGAGCUUGCAGAGAACGACGAGCAUGCAGAGCGUAGAAGAACUACCCACCAACUCCAGGUCGUCCAACAGCGCAUCCACAGCGAGAAGCAGCAGCAACGGCGUGCAUACUUGGCACUCUCACGACAAUGACCUAAGCUCUCAGGAGAACGACUACGUCCCUCACGCGACCUCCUAUGACCAGGAUCGCCUCCUGGGUUACCGGAGCCGGGAGCACUCUUUCGACAGGCUCCAGGAGCGCUCGCAUUACUCCACCCGGGACAGGAGCUACGAUCGUCUCUCUAACGAUCGCCUCUCCAACGGCGGGGACGGAAGUGUCAGGAUGGUUGUGAAUGGUGGCAGCAGAAGCCCCGUCACCACAGGGGAGCACCUCAGCAGGAGACCCAGUCCUCAAGGGGCUGCUGCUUCAACAACGUCGGUUCAGGAAGUAGCGUUGCCGAGGAGAGGGAAUUACAGGUCUCAUUCACCAGACAGCUCUUACCACCUGGAAUCGGACCGCAUAGACGGGCAAGACAACGACAUAUUCCGGGCGGAAAUAUACACCAGCCCGGGUAGCACGUCUCACUAUUCGUCCUAUUCUCACAAGCACCAUCAACCAGACUAUCAUCGUCACAGCCACAGUCACUAUCACCAUCAAACGCCUUCGACGCCGGUGGCCUCCAGAACCUCCACGCUCAGCGUUCCAGCCAAGAGUUCGCGCGCUCACGAGCAGUGGUGUUGAGCAUCUCCGGGAACCUCUGCUCAUGUGCAAUUUGAAAUGCAGAAUGAUUAUGUCAGAAAAUAGCCAAAACAUAAGCCUCAUAAUUGAAGGGUCCCAUAAUUGUGUUUAAAUCUAGUGAAGUGAUUCAAAAGCCUAUACCUAUCCAAAACCAACGUGACUUAUCAGGAUUAGGUCCAGUGUAGUGUAGUGUCUUCUCAUGACAAUGCUUCAACAUUCCGUUAAUGUUUUAUUUAUUGUGAUAAUUAUAGCACUCCAGAAGAAUUUUACUGUGUGCUUUUGAUGGCAACACUGCAAUAUUCCUGAGCCAUCUUUUCCUGUGAUGGCAACACUGAAACAUUCCAUGCUGCUUUAGUCACACUAAAUUCCAAGUGUUUUGGAGUCAUGACAUUAAUGGUUCAGGACAUAAAUUUAAUAUUAUUAUCAAUAUUAUUAUUAUUAUUAUAUUAUAUUAUAUAUACGAUGUCCUCCAUAGUUACCGUGAGCUCAUUCAAGCUAAAUCCUUAAGUUUAGUGUCGAUAUGAGAUAUCACUGACAUAAACAUAACUCCAAAUAUUCACAAUUGCAGAUCUCAGUUUAAUUUGUAACAUGUAGUAGACUGAAGUUCUGCGCAUCACUGUGCCAGUAAACAUUCAUUUUGACAGAAAAAUGGAAGAUACAAUUAAUUUUAAUGAUGUUUUGGAAGUCCUAAGUUAGGUUAGAUAAUGUCCUUUCUAGGUUACAACUAUAUUUUCAUCCAAAUCAUCAGUAAAUUAUUGAUUUCUGUAUUUUUUUCUGUCAUGAAAAUCACUAAAAAAAUAAUACAAUGAAGAUAUGUUUCCCACGAAUCAUUAUGUUGGACAAAUUUACAAUAUUUUGUGCAUAAUUUAAGUUCUACCAUGUGUCUGAAUAUUCCAGUCAAGAGAGGCACCACUGAAAAUAUAUUUUGAGAAACACUACGAGUCAGCUUGCCAUACAUCUAUGUGAUAUUUGAGUUUGUAUGUUUUCAUACAAUUCAAAGCUGACGUUUUUCACUGAGGAUUGGAAAUUAUGCAUUUUUAUAUAGCAUUUACACCUUAUAUACAAGAAUACUAUAACUGCCAGAGGCUGCUAUUGUAAUUAAACCUAGAUAGCUGUUAAAUUAGCUGUACUCUGCUACAUGGAUCAAAACAAUCAGUCAUUAUUCUGCAUUUGUGUACAUAGUUUUGUAUCAGCAAAGACAUUUAAUUCUGUAAUCACUUGACCAACGUAUCUCAAAAUAGCAAAAUUUUACUUUGGUUGUGCAUGUUAUUAAGAACACUGGUUCGUCUCAUAAGAAUAUUUUAAAAAAACUGAAAAUGUUAUUAAUUCUUUGAAAGAACGUAUGGAGCAAACUAACUGUUCCUAACCUAACGUAACUUAGAGCCAAACUACAAAAUAAUAUGCUCAACUAAAGUGAAUUUCUACCCACUUAAAAAGGUACAGUCCUCAAGAAUCAUGUUGCACAUAAUGUACAAAUUUACUGUAAUAUUGUUUAGACGUGUUAAUUUCAAUGUAGUGUUAGCAAUUUUUUUCCCAUUUAGUUACCAGAAAUGUAAAUAUAAAACCCUUGCAUUUGUGACAUAAUAAAAGAGAAAAGAAUUUUUU